AUGAAUGGUCUGCCACCCACGCCAGCGAUCUGGCAGGAGGCGCGCACUGCAGAAGGGAGAGUCUACUACUACAAUGCUCAGACCAAGGCCACGCAAUGGACAAAGCCAGUGGAACUGAUGACUCCUCAGGAGCGCGCAAUCGCCAAUCAGCCGUGGAGAGAAUACACAACGCCAGAUGGCCGCAAGUAUUGGAACAAUGUCGAGACGAAGCAGAGUGUAUGGGAGAUACCGGAGGCUUACAAGAACGCAACAUCACAGAAUGAGCCUGCUACCAGGUCUGUUGCACAGCCUCCUACUUUUGUUGCUGGUGGUACCUCCUCCUCGCUCACUUCUUAUACCCCCCAACGAGAGCGUGACGAAUACAAUACGCCUGAAAGAAAGGAUGCUGAAAAGUUUCCCGGCGCGAAUGGCAUUCCUGUAGCGUCAGGUGGGGAGCAAGCUCCGGCAUACUCUAGUUUCGAGGAGGCUGAAGCCGCGUUCACGAAGCUCCUGCGGCGCUCAAAUGUGCAACCAGACUGGACAUGGGAGCAGACAAUGCGAGCAACGAUCAAAGACCCUCAAUAUCGAGCGCUAAAGGACCCCAAGGACCGCAAAGCGGCAUUUGAGAAGUAUGCUGUCGAGGUUCGCUUGCAGGAGAAAGAAAAGGCCAAGGACAGAUUGGCUAAACUCAGAGCAGAUUUUGGCACCAUGCUGAGAAGGCAUCCUGAAAUUAAGCAUUACAGCCGAUGGAAGACAAUCCGACCGAUCAUUCAGGGUGAGACUAUCUUCAGAUCCACUGAUGAUGAGAAUGAAAGGCGACAGCUGUUUGAAGAGUACAUUGUCGAGCUCAAGAAGGCUAACGUGGAGCACGAGGCCAUCACACGCAAAGCCGCAAUGACCGAUCUGGUCUCCAUUCUCAAAGCGCUGGAUCUGGAGCCGUAUACCAGAUGGUCAGAAGCUCAGGGGGUCAUUCAGUCGAAUGAAAGGAUCAAAAGUGACGCUAAGUUCCAAACCCUGAGCAAAUCAGAUAUUCUUACCGCUUUUGAAAAUCAUAUCAAGUCUCUCGAACGAGCCUUUAAUGAUGCAAGACAGCAACAGAAGAACAGCAGAGCUCGAAAGGAACGCCAGAACCGUGACCAUUUUAUCGACUCGCUGAACGAGCUGCGAUCCCAGGGAAAGAUCAAAGCCGGCAGCAAGUGGAUGAAUGUCUUGCCGGACAUCGAGGACGAUCCCAGGUAUGUAGCUAUGCUUGGACAAUCGGGAUCAACACCAUUGGACCUUUUUUGGGAUAUGGUCGAAGAAGCGGAGAGAGCUCUUCGAGGCAGGAGAAACGAUGUCUAUGAUGUGCUAGAGGACAAACGAUAUGAGAUUACCCAGAAGACCACCUUUGAUGAGUUUGCCGGUGUUAUGGUAACUGAUCGCCGCACAGCUGAUAUUGAUCGAGACAACCUGAGACUCAUUUUUGACCGCCUCUAUGAGAAGGUACUGAAACGCAACGAAGAAGAAAAGCAUGCCGCCGAUCGCCAUCAACGUCGUGCUGUUGAUGCGCUCCGAUCCCGAAUCAAGCACCUCGAUCCACCGAUCCGCUCUAGCGACACUUGGGAUCUGGUUCGGCCUCGGGUUGAGAGAAGCGACGAAUACCGUGUCUUGGAGACAGACGAGAUUCGAAAACUAGCAUUCGACAAGGUUAUCAAGCGCCUGAAGGAGAAAGACGAAGAUAUUGAUAAAGAUCGGGAUCGCCGACGCUCGCGCCGUGACGAUGAUCGGGACUUAAGAAACGGUCAUUCCAGUCGCCUCGACGGUCGACGAGGGCGUCUGUCAAGAACCCCAGAGGUUGAUGCCUACGAAGCAGAUAGGCGCAAAGCAAUGGCAGACCGCGAGAAGUCAUAUCGUAAGUCAAAUGCUUUGGGUCUGAGUCCACCUCCUUCACUAUCGCACAGAGAUCGAGAUCGAAGGGACAGAGAUGAUCGACACGGUCGCCUUGAGCGUAGCCCACCACCACGACAUCUCAGCCACUACGAUCGCGAACGUCGAGACAGAGAAGAAGAGCGUGAGAGGCUAUACCGAACAAGAGGAGAUCCCAGGGGUAGUCGAGACGAGCUCAACUACGGCGAGGAGUCGAGAAGUGUUACAGGCAGCGACAGACGAAGACGACGCGGUGGAGAGAGCGACGGUGAUAGCGAUGGUAGCGGGAGGAGGACUAACAAACGCUAUCGCCGUGAGAGGAGAGAUUCUAGAGAAAAGCGGAAGAGCAAAACGCCUGAAGAAGCUAAAAAGGACCCGCCGCCUGAGCCUGUCGGCGUGCAUUCUGGCAGCGAAGAGGGAGAAAUCGAGGAGGACUGA